AUGGAGUUGAUAGACCACAACAACCCUAGCCUGGGGACUUUUGACCAGUUCUACUACUACGACACAACGUACUGGAGGGGUCCCGGUUCGCCGGUGAUACUGUUUUCGCCCGGGGAAGUCAACGCUACUAUGUACCACAGCUUCUUAACCCCCAGCCAUGCAACAGGAGCCCUGGCUGAGCAGAUUGGCGCAGCUACAAUUGUUCUCGAACAUCGUUACUGGGGCGAUAGCACACCAUUCCGUAACUUCACCACUGAAAACCUGAAGUACCUUACUGUCGAGAACAGCAUGAAGGAUAUAACAUAUUUCGCACGUCAAGUCCAACUACCUUUCGCUACCGACAAGAGAAUGGGCAGCAGUGCCAAAGAUGUUCCAUGGGUAGCUAUAGGCGGUAGCUACUUUGCUGCCCUGCUAGUGUGGAUUGCAAGCCUCGACCCGGGCACCAUAUGGGCAUACUACGCUUCGAGUGCAUCUGUUCAAUCUGUUUCUGACUAUUGGGCCUACUUCCUUCCAAUACAAGAAGCUAUGCCGAAGAAUUGUAGUAGAGACAUCUCUCUUGUUAUCGACCAUAUGGAUGAUAUCCUCAGCACUGGCUCUCGGGAUGAGCAACACGAACUCAAGGCCAAAUUUGGCAUGCAAGACGUCGCUCAUAACGACGACUUCAUGAAUGCUCUGGCGCGUGGUCCCUAUCUCUGGCUAGGGAAUCAGUUCACAUACAACACGGGCUUCUUCACGUUCUGCGACUAUAUUGAAAACGCAGUCAAUGCCACCCUCAACGACCUUCCGUCUGAAGCUGGUGUUGGUGUCGAUAAAGCGCUCGAAGGAUACGCGGAAUGGUGGAGAGAGGUCGAACUUCCCGGUUACUGCGCCGGGGAUCUUUAUCCUGAAUUCAACACUACAGGUAAUACUGACUGCUUCAAUACCUACAAUGCAAGCUCCCCACUAUUCACCGACACGACGCCGAGGAACGCCAUGAACCGGCAAUGGUUCUGGAUGAACUGCAACGAACCCUUCGGAAACUGGAAAGUCGGCGCUCCCUCAGGACGGCCAUCGCUCAUUUCUCGCCUCAUAACAACAGACUACUGGGUUCGUCAGUGCGGACUAUAUUUCCCCCCUGGACCGAAUGGAGAAACAUAUGGUCUCGCAGCGGGGAGAACCGAAGAGCACUUCAAUACGUACUUUGGAGGCUGGAAUAUCACCAACACAAGCCGGCUGAUCUUCGUCAACGGCGAAUUCGACCCGUGGAGAGAGAUCAGUGUUUCGGCAAAAGGGAGACCCGGAGGUCCGUUGCAGAGUACCGAGCAGGUACCAGUGGAAAUUGUGCCUGACGGUGUUCACACUAGUGACUUGAAUACGAAGAACGGGAAGGUCAACGCGGGAGUGAAAGAGGUGCAAGAUCGAGUGUUGAAGCAGUUAGUCGUGUGGGUUGAAGAAUGGCCUGGGGAGGCCACAUGA